AUGGGGCCAUUUUCCCCAUCAUUCUCUAAUCAGUACAUAUUAGUGGCUGUAGAUUACGUAUCAAAGUGGGUAGAGGCCGUUGCACUGCUUACCAAUGAUGGGAAGGUGGACUGCAUUCAAGACCCUUAUAGGAAUGUCACCAUAUUGACUGGUGUUCGGGAAAGCAACUUACUUCUUGAGAUAGAACAUCAUGCUUACUGCGCAAUGAAAAAAUUGAAUUUGGAUUUGAAGGCUGCGGGUGAAAAACGUCUCCUACAACUUAAUGAGCUGGAUGAGCUCAGAAUGGAAGCCUACGAGAAUUCAAGAACCUACAAAGAGCGCACCAAGAAAUGGCAUGACAUGCACAUUCAGAGGCGUGAAUUUACGGUGGGGCAGAAAGUGCUACUCUACAACUCUAGGCUUAAGUUGUUUCCAAGAAAACUGCGAUCGAGGUGGUCUGGUCUGUAUACUAUUACACAGAUUUUUCCACAUGGGACAGUUGAGAUCACUCACGAUAGCAAAGGGACAUUCAAGGUCAAUGGACAACGUCUGAAGCACUAUUGGGACGGUGAUUUUUCAAAGAAAAAGUCUACCGUUCAUCUUCGACCAUCAGAAUGA